GAUCACAGAAUCUGCAAACGACAUCUGUCGUUAUUAGAAAUAAUUGUUGUAAUAAAUAAAAUUUUGCAUAUAUCUGAACUGAGCGAAAGAGGAAUAGGCCGUGACGGAAAUCUGAAUAUUUUCGCGCCGUCCUUUUUCCGCUGGAUUCCUCAUGGGCAGCCAGUUCUGGAGACAAAAAUGUCUGGGAAGAGUUUUAGGGUGAGCGACGGAGACUGGAUUUGUCCCGAUAAAAGGUGUGGAAAUGUGAACUUUGCCAGAAGAACAAGUUGUAACCGAUGUGGACGGGAGAAAACUACAGAGGCAAAGCUGAUGAAGGCUGGUGGGACAGAGAUUGGGAAGACCCUGGCUGAAAAGAGCAGGGGACUCUUUAGUGCAAACGACUGGCAGUGCAAAACCUGUGGCAAUGUAAACUGGGCCAGAAGAUCAGAGUGCAACAUGUGCAACACUCCCAAAUAUGCCAAACUUGAGGAAAGAACAGGAUAUGGUGGAGGCUUCAAUGAGAGAGAGGACUUGGUUUACAAUGAGCGCGAAGAGUCUGAUGGAGAAUAUGAUGAGUUUGGUCGUAUAAAGAAGAAAUAUCGUGGGAAGAAUAAGAAAGAGGAUGAGAAGAAAGCAGAACCUGAAAAAGAUGACGAUGACGAAGAUGAAGAAGAAGAUGGAGAUCUUUCAAAGUAUAAACUCGAUGACGAUGAUGAUGACGAAGAUGAAGCAGAUUUGUCCAAAUAUGAUCUGGAUGCUGAUGACUGGAAGCCAUCUGAGAAGAAAGGGAGUGGCUCGGGCUCUUCUCGGUCUUCCUCUCGUUCCUCCAGUUCAAGUUCACGGUCCAGGUCCAGAUCCCGGUCCAGGAGCUCAUCUGGUUCCAGAUCACGCUCUCGCUCGAGGUCUCGCUCGAGGUCUCGCUCAAGAUCCAGCUCCCGCUCUGGGAAAGGCUCAGCUUCUUCAAGAAAACGGUCUCACACGUCUUCACCAUCCCCGGAGAGAGGUCAGAAGAGGAGUCGCUCCAGGUCCUCCUCUGGUGGCCGCAAAAAAAGACGUUCUCGAUCACAGUCGUCAGAAAGGUUUGGGUUUCUGUGGUGCGGCCGUGGCUCAUCAGGAUCUUCUCACUCUGGCUCAAGCUCACGAAAGAAGUGA